CAUUGAGUAGAAUGUUGGCUCCAGCUGUCAAUAUUUCUCAAAGUUUUAUGAACAAAAGGUUGCCAUUCUUAUAACUUACACUCAAAAUACACAAUGUAAUGGAGAAGAUUGCUACACAAGAAAUAGAACAGGCAGCCACCACAAGUUCGGAUAUAGAAGAAAACGGGCAAAUCUCAGAAACCAAAGAUAACGAGACGUCUACAAAAAAUUGGGAAACUGAAGAAAACAAUACGAUGCCUAACGAAAUACCACACAAGAAACGAAACCUGUUUGGGUUCUGGUGGCUUGGCCUAUGUAACAACUUUGCCUAUGUUAUAAUGCUGAGUGCUGCCCAUGAUAUUCUCAAAGAGCAGGGAGGAGGCCAUUCCAGUGACACCAACUCUAACGCCACAACUGUUGCUCCUGUCAAUAGUAGCUUCGAAUAUCUCCAGUGUAACCCAAUAUCUACAGGGGCAAUCCUUUUGGCAGACAUAUUACCGACCUUACUCAUCAAAUUAACUGCACCCUUUUAUGUCCAGCGACUAAGCUACAGGUUCAAGGUUUCCACAGUGACGUUGUUUUGCUUUUUAAGCUUUAUAUUGGUAGGAUUUUCUCAGGGGAUCUGGAUGAGCAUAACUGGGGUGGUUUGUGCUAGUAUUGGAGGUGGUCUAGGGGAGGUAACUUAUCUCAGCUACUCAGCGUUUUUCCACAGAAAUGUGGUAUCGGCCUACUCGUCGGGAACAGGUGGUGCCGGCGUGUUUGGGGCCCUGGUGUACGCAGGACUGACCACUGCUGGUCUAUCACCUAAGGCCACCACACUGUGUAUGGUCAUCAUACCUGUGAUCAUGGCUGUCAAUUUUUUUCUGGUGGUAAAGAAACCCCUUGGACAUUCUACCCCCGAGUCAGACAGUUCGUUACUACUGAUGGAAGAGACUAAGAAGUCAAAAAGAAUAGAGUUAUCAGCAAAACAGAAAGUAGCCCUAGUUGUGCCGUUGCUGAAGUACAUGGUGCCCCUGAUGCUGGUGUACUUCGCAGAGUACUUUAUCAAUCAGGGUCUACACGAAAUAUUAUAUUUCAAUAAUAUCUGGCUGACUAAAGCAGAACAAUAUAGAUGGUAUCAGGUUGACUACCAGCUUGGCGUGUUUAUAUCAAGAUCGUCGGUGAAUUUGCUGGAAAUAAAAAAACUGUGGUUUUUACCUGUCCUUCAGUUUAUCAACAUGGGGAUACUACUGCUCCAAGUGUUUUACCAGUUCAUACCCAGUAUUUGGAUCGUGCUGGCUAUCGUCCUGUACGAGGGUCUCCUGGGAGGAGCUGCAUUUGUCAACACUUUCUUCAGGAUUUCAACGAAGGUUGAGCCGGAGUACCGGGAGUUUAGUAUGGGCGUCGCAUCCAUGGCGGACUCUGUCGGUAUCGCGCUGGCGGGUACCGUGACCAUUCCAAGCCACAAUCGCAUUUGUGCACUAAACAUUCUUGUUCCAAAAUAAUUUUAGACUGCUAAUUAAUCACAUAUUACCACUUACUGUUUUAUUUUUAUAUUUGGACCAAUUCUUGAUUUUAUGCUGGUGUAUGAGAGGAUUGUAUGUCGUUCCAUUCAAGAUCCGAUAGUUUUCUCCCUUGUCUUUUUAUUCAUUAUUUUGGAACUCACUGGUAAAUAUCAUUAUGUUUAUUGUAUUUCAUGUUUUAAUAUUAAUGGUAUUUCUUAAGUACAUCCACAGUAUUUUAUUAUAUAUCACUUAUUAUACAGAAUGUCAGAUUACUCAAGAGGUCAGAAUAGACAGAUUUUAUUGUACAGUAUAGCACACAAGUCAGAAUAGACAGGUUUUAGUGUACUAUAUAGCAGUCAGAGGUCAGAAUAGACAGGUUUUAUUGUACAGUAUAGCAAAGGUCUGAAUAGACAGGUUUUAUUGUACAGUAUUGCACAGAGGUCAGAAUAGACAGGUUUUAUUGUACAGUAUAGCACAGUCAGAGGUCAGAAUAGACAGGUUUUAUUGUACAGUAUAGCACAAAGUUUAGAAUAGACAGGUUUCAUUGUAGAGUAUAGCAUGGUCUUCAUUUUAUAUUUAAUAUUAUAUUAUGAUUUUUCCGUAUAUGACUUCCACACUCAUUGUUUUUAUUGAUGAGACUUUUCAUGUUUUUGACCAAACUUCAAUCUUUUGUUAUAGAUAUUUUUAUUGUUGAGGUUUUACUUGCUGUUAAUCCUACUUAAAAUUAUCUUCUUCAUCUUACAAUGUCACUCUUAAAUGACAACAAUUGUUUAACAAAUCUCAGCCGACCGUCACUUAUUUGUGUAAAACUGUACAGUGUAAAUUAUUGAAAAAAUAACAUUGAUCUCAUUAAGAAAACUUGUUAGAUUAUAAUCGGUUAAUUUGUAAACCGCUUUGAGAUGACCUACAAACUAGUUUGUGAUAAAGCGGUAUAUAUAAGAACCUCAAAUUAUUAUUGUAUUACAAAAUGUACUUAAAACACAAAGCCUCUAAAUAUGGCUUUCUGACCCAUCCAUCAUGACCUGUUUUCCUGAAUUCCUGAACAGUACCCGAUUAAUAAUCCGUUUUCGACAGUUUAUAUUAUAUACAUAUAGUGGUAGUGUGUGGACCUUUUUGUACACUGAUAUGUCUAUUACCACUUACUAGUACUCAGUUAUUGUUACAUUUUUAAGAUACCAGAAUGUGCCUUGAAGAGGUAUUGAUAUUUUUUUUGUAAAAUGAGAUUAUAGAUAUAAUCAGUGAAAGUCAAAUUAAUGGGGAUUCCAAUUGGCUUACACAAAUAUUUAUUUCAGAUAUAUGUAUUUAUACAGAUAUUUUCAGAUAGACAUACUGUAUACUGUGGAACUUUCACCAAGCCAAAAACUUGCCCGUCACUGUAAAAAAAUCCCGAUUCGGAAUGAUUCGCCCAGUGUAAAUCUCAACCUUCACACAUACCGACUAUUUAUAUAUAUUUAAUGUUGCGUACAGAUACUACGUCAUGAUAAAUUAACCCUCAUUAUGGAGAACGAAAAAAAAUGGUGAACAUUUCCCCAUGUACAGUAUAGCUAUACAGUUAUUGAUAUACAUGUACUCGAAAAUUAUAUUUACAUACCUACUUAAACAGUUAUUGACAAAUAAAGACUUGUACAUCCUUUUUGACAGAACAUUCAUGUAUGGUGGUAUGGCAUUGUCCGUCCGUCUGUUUACAUGUUAACACUUUGUAUGUUUACUGACGUAUGACGCAAGGUCGCUUGUUGUCAUCAUAUCUCUUGGUCCUCUACAUGUAUAUCUGUAUUCUAAACAUUUCCUUUCUAUGUCUCCCUCAUUAUAUUGCCAAACUGCUUUAUAAUGCCAAAUGAUCUCGGUGCAAAUGAUGGCAGUAUAGGAAGGUUUUACAGUGAUAAGUACAAAGUUUCCAAGACGGAUAAUAAACAGAAUUUAUUGUUAAUAUUACAUGCUUGAAGCCCCAUCAACUUGGGAAAGGUUAUUGGGGCCGAUUUAGAAAUGGUUGAUAGGAACAAAUGUAAAAUGAAAAUUAUAUCAAACAAACAAAAAAGGUAAGACAAACAAGACACCAGGCAGCUAUUUUGAUUUGCAAUUCAAGUUUGUUACCAUUAUUUUUAUGGAAAGUCACACUAAAGGAUUCAUGAUAUUAAUGCAUGAUCCCCUUUGUCCCUAGAUGUGUGCCUGUGCUCAUAUUUUAGAUGGAGCAGGAAAUCUAACAUAAAACAAGCCCCUUAUAGAUAUGUUACAACUUUGUUGCAUGGUCGCCAAAGUUAAACACUGCAUGUGUUUGUUCAAGAAGAGAAAGUAAUGACGAGAGAAAAAGCAUGCCAUGAUCAUUCAAUGGUCCCAAAAUCCCUCUGGGAUCUCUUGUUCACUUAACAGAUAUCCUUAUGUUGGUGCAAUGUAUUAAGAGUUUUGAAACAAAUGGACAUGUUUAAAUAUUGAAUAUUGUUUACUGCUAAAUUGGGUUUAUGCUGGUGUAGAUUUUGAGGUUGUCUCAUGAUCAGCCUUUUGUAAUCUGUCUUUACCAUUAAAUAUUUGCAUUUUCAUCUCUAAUAAAACUAUGGGAAUGGGUAAGGGUAAGGGUCCUUUGAACUAUCUUUACCAUUUGUUUUUCUGAUUUUUUUGUGAAAUGAAAUUAAUUAUCUCUUUUUUUUUAUUUAUUUAAUUAUGUCCAUAAAAUUAUCUUAAGAUGGGAUUAUUUAAGCAAUUCUCUUGUUUUUUUAUCUCUCCUUGUUAUUGAUAUGAAUUUUGCUUUCAUUGUGAAGGAAACUCAAUAAAAUAUUGUUUAAAGUAAAGGAUGUUGCAGAUCUCUUUAUUAUCAUUAUAAAUAUGAAU